UGGCCAAUCUAUUAUCCUGGGACUUGGAAGACGCGCAACGCUGCCUUCGGAUCUACACUUAUCUGGCACGACUAUGUAAUUCAUCUGAAGCUAGGUUUUCAGUAGCCCCAGGGGCCUGCAUCCGAGUGGGCGCCAACUCCGACCAUCAGGCCUUCUAUUGCACACCUGACGACGACGAUAUCACUGGAAACCUCUUGGAGUCGCGUCAGUUGCUUAGCUGGUGUGUGUAUACUCGGUGCACCUGGCCCAUCGGACAUUCUGAGGUUAAAUCUGAGUUGACAAUGAAGAAGGAACCCGACGGGCAGUUUGUGCUCAAGCCCGGGCUUAGCUUGCAUCGUUUGGCGCACUUGGGUUAG